UAAAGCCCAUAUAAAAGCCCAAAAUACAACCGGAAGCUAGAUUCAGGAGUUCUAUACUUGUAAAAGCUAGAGUCAACGCCGUUCAGUCUCAGACCAGACGAAACAACGAUGCUUAACUCUAUCACUUUAACCCGGAAACCACCACUCCCGUUCAACUCUGUUGGGUUUUCAGGUAAUCACUCUUCGUCUUUUGGUCGAAGAACUAUAACGGAAGGUAGUUCGAGCAAGGCUCUUUCGUUUGGGUACAAAAAUGUUGGUUCACUGAAGUGUGGUCGGAGCAAUUGGCCGGGGCGUUCUGGGACUGCGUUUGGGCAUCUAGUCCGGGUCUCUGCGGUCCCAGGUGGGAAUUCAGGUGGCUCUGGCGGGUUAGGUGGUUCAGGCGGUGGUGGUGGUGGUUCCGGCGGCGGUGGUGGUGAUGGAAGCGACGGAAAAGGAAAGAAGUGGUCACUUCUCUCAUGGUACCAGGCUCUUCUCUCAAACUCUCCUGUUUUGACCAAAGCUGUGACCGCAGCACUUUUGAACCUCGUUGGAGAUUUGAUCUGUCAGCUUACUAUCAACAAGACCUCAUCGCUGGACAAGAAGAGGACACUCACCUUUACCUUCUUGGGCUUAGGGCUAGUCGGUCCAACAUUGCAUUUCUGGUAUUUGUAUUUGAGCAAAGUGGUGACAGCUUCUGGAUUAUCAGGCGCAGUUAUACGACUUCUACUGGAUCAGUUUGUUUUUGCUCCUAUUUUUGUUGGAGUUUUCUUAUCAGCAGUUGUGACACUUGAAGGAAAACCAUCAAAUGUCAUACCGAAGCUACAACAGGAGUGGACUGGUGCAAUGAUAGCAAAUUGGCAGCUAUGGAUACCAUUUCAGUUUCUUAACUUCAGAUUUGUUCCACAGAACUACCAGGUACUUGCUUCAAACGUAGUGGCUUUGGCUUGGAAUGUGAUUUUAUCAUUCAAAGCUCACAAAGAAGUUGUUGCAAAGUAGACAUGUUUCUUACCUGGAGCCUAGAGGUGGUUGCUGGAUUGUUAUCGGCAGAGUUUUGGGGAAACGGUCUUGUCUGCUGAUGCAAAUGUUUGGUGUUUCGAAACAAUUAUUUGGGAACCCUGCACUUGACAUUUUCUUAGAGUUGAAACAAGCUUUUCUUCAAGCACUUCAAAUAUUUCCCCAUCAUCAAUGUUUCAUAUAUUUAUUGUUUCCUCAUUCAGAGAAUUUUUUUAGUUCGUAUGAAAAUUUUGAAAUCU